UGCGUACUGCCUUCUGAGAUUGCAGCACUUUAUUGUGAAUUUACUGCUUUGCACAUCAUAAAGUUGGAGUUACACUGCUCUCCUACACUGUUUUCAUGACUGAACUGUAGCAACUACGGCAGAUAACAUCCCCCUACAACUCUGCCUAUCUGCAGUGGUUUGAGCCUCGAACACCGAUGUAUCCGUUAGUAAUAGUGAAACGUUACCACAAAUGACGCAAACAGACACAGAAAGCAUGACUGGCACCGUUCUUACCAGUCCUGCUCCUGUAUCCGUACGGCUUUUCCAGGCACUGGUAAGACACCGCUACCUAAUCCCGACGGGGGUAUAAAGAAGGGAGCGCGUGUGACCGGACACAGUGUUCGCCAGGAUCACACCGAAGGCAUCAUGAAGGCGAUCGCUAUCCUGUGCGCGCUGGUGCUUCUGCUGGCCGUGGCCGACGCCACCAAGGGCAAGGGCUUCGGCGGCGGCGGCUACGGCUACGGGGGUGGCUACGCAGUGCAUCACGUCUAUCACCCUGUCUACCACUAUCCGCGACCGAUCUACUACGGAGGAUACGGCCACGGCGGAUACCACGGCGGAUACCACGGCGGAUACCAUAGUGGAUACCACAGCGGAUAUCAUGGUGGGAUUCACGGCGGCUACGCUGGGUCCUAUGGCUACUAAACAGGCUGUGCUAGCAUCAUUGGCGUCUUAUCGAAGGUAAUGCAAUGAAGUCCUUACCAGCGAGAUCUCUUGCGGAGUCUCCAAGAGGAAAGAAGUGCUGCCAUACCUGUGCCAUAUAAUGUAAUUGUAAUUGUUUUAUGACCGUUUUUUUGUGAUGAUACUGUUUUGUGUCCAUGUCAAUUUUGUGUGUCAAAUAUAACUGAGUUACCAAGGCUCAACUUAA